CGGGCAGAUGCAGAGCAUAGUGGCAGGCGCAGGCUAUUUAUUUUCUCUGUGUGAUUUAUAGUUAAAAAGCCGAAACUAUAACUGGAUUCUCAUUAUUGUAUUGAACAAGCGAGUCAUUGCAGGCCACAGAAGCAGGAGUCGCCGCGUCGGAGUCGCCGCAAAGCCCCGGCUUCCUCUUUAAGAAAACCACUGACACAUGAACUCUUCGGUCGUCGUUUGACUUCCCACUUUGAUCUCAGUCCAAGUCAGCUGGAGAGCAGUCAUCUGGCUUCUUAAAAGAAUUAUGUAUGGGUUGGACGUCUGCAGACAGCUCACUUUCCCAGUGGCCACUCGUCAGCAGACUGAGUUACUGUGAUUUCGGGGGCUGGUCAUGGUGUCCAGUGAAAAGGUAUGGGACCCCCUCCACGCGGGACUUAUUCAGUCACCUCUGAGUGAACAGCACCUGGCGCCUGGGCUAACUCCCCGACCACAUACUGCAGCUAAGGACGCCACGUGCCACCAGAGUCAGCGGUUGACACCUUGGACUUCCCCGCCACUGUCAUUAGUGGCUCUAGACGCCCUUCAGGCAGUUCAAUCCUCCUCACCCUUACACCCACCUGUCAAUUUGUACGGCCUGAAAAAGAUCGAAGGACUACACAAGCCUGCCUGGUCUCGUGGGGUGGCCUCUCAGUCUGAAGAGGAGGAGGAGGAGGAGGAGGAGGAGGAAGGGGAAACUGAGCAGUUGGAGAUGAAGGGUAAAAGGCAUGGAGGCAGGGGAGAAGCCAUGAUGGAGGACAGACUGGAGGACAUGGUCGAUGGACCUAAAAAUGCAAAAAUUACCCUAAGCUUCCCACUUAGUGCCGCCCCCCUCCCAGCCUCUCUGACAUCUCCAAACCACUGUCGCAGCUCCUCCUCAUCCUCUCCUUCCCCCCACCGCCGGCGUCCGUCCUCCAAGAGCUCGGAUGAGGGGUCGUUGUGGAAAUUGGAUGCCACCAUGGAUGUAAAGCACAGACCUUUUAAGCCCCCGAGGCACGACAGCUCUCCGUCCUCUUCGCCCUCCUCCUCCUCAUCUCCCAUGACUGUUCAUGCACUUAUCAGGAAGGACAUAAAAUCUCCGCCUCCUCUGAAAUGCUCCAAACUCAAUCCAGAGACUCAGUUUCAGAGGUCACCCCCAAGAUCCUCAAGCGGGUCUUUGGGGGCCUGUUAUGGUGUCGAUGGAUGGGACGAGAGGCACAGGAUCGCCAACGGUACAGUGUCGCCCUCUCAAACUGCCCAGAUCCUCUUCAGCCUGGGCACAUCAGCCUAUCAGAGAUGUGGGGAUGCAGAGAGGAGAGAAAAGAUAACAGGAAGACCAGCUGGGAAACUGGGAAGCCCUCAUGGACCAAGCCUUCAUCCACCCACCCUCCACCUCCCUCCCCCCUUACCACCACCUCCUCCUCCCCCAUCUGAGGGUCUAACUGCCCCCCCUCACUCGUCCUCCUACUCUCCGACCGACAGCCUGAAGCCUGAGCUGAUCUGUGGUGUGUGCCACCGGCUCUUCAGCUCGGCCUCCUCCCUCACAGUCCACAUGCGGCUGCAUCGUGGCAGCCGUGCCCUCAGUUGCCGUUUCUGUGGCAAAGUCUUCAUCCACAGCAAACGACUGCAAUCCCACGAGGCCUCCUGCAAGAUGCCAGGCCUCCCCUCCAACAGCCUGGGCCCUCCUCCUCUCACUGUGCAGCCAAAGGAGGAGCCGCUCGAGGAGGGUGAGGUGAGAGUGGAGGGGGGAAUGAUUGUGGGAGAAACAGACAUCAGUAAGGCGCGGCCAGGAAAGAAAGCACGGAGCCUCCUGGCGCGUAUCCAAGGUGAUGAUGCAGCAGACGCAGAGUUACUGGCGGGUGAUGAGCACCAUUUUGUGAAGGUGGUUGAUGGCAAUGUCAUUUACUUCUGCUCUGUGUGCGAGCGAUCCUACAUGACCCUAUCCAGCCUGAAGCGUCACUCUAAUGUGCACUCAUGGCGCCGCAAAUAUCCCUGCCAUUACUGCGACAAAGUCUUUGCCCUGGCUGAGUACCGCACCAAGCACGAGGUGUGGCACACAGGAGAGCGCCGCUACCAGUGCAUCUUCUGCUGGGACGCCUUCGCCACCUACUACAAUCUCAAAACGCACCAGAAAACCAUUCACGGGAUUAACCCCAGCCUCAUCUCCAGUGAAAAGACAGCUAAUGGCGGCUAUAAGCAGAAAGCUAAUGCCCUCAAGCUCUACCGCCUUCUCCCCAUGCGUUCUCAGAAGAGACCGUACAAGACGUACAGUGACAGUUUGCAUAAUGGCCUGCUUCUACCACCAACUGAAACACCGCCCCUCUCCCUGCCCGGUCUGGGCUGUGCUCUGGGCUCUGGGGACCUACAGAGCCUAAUCAGCGGAGCCCACCCCCAGAGUGUUAAGCCUGACCCAGAUGCCUUCCCCGAUGACUUCCCUGUUUCUGUGGCUCCAGAACACAGGGACCUCUCUGGACUAACACCCCUCCCCCAAGCGGACAUGCACCGCGUUAAAAACCAUGAGAGCGAAGCCCGAGAGUUAGAGCAGGGCAGAGGCAGUGGCAACUUCAAAAUGUCUAGUAGCAACAAAACCAAAACUCCCAAGACUGGUAAAGAAACUAGCAUGCCUUCUGUGAUAACAUAUGGACAUACAAAACCCUCUGUCAUAGUUCAUGGAACAGCAGUGUCAUCCUCUGUCAUCGUACAUAGCAACCAGGUUAUUUCUGGAAGCGAAAAAAGCCCAAUAAGCAGCCCGUCCCCUGAAACCAGCAACAGUCAGACUUCACACAAGGCCAGCCCCAGGCCAAUUAAAAAGCAAAGGGAUAGUGCGGACAGCCAUAGGAAGAGAUCAAGAGACAAUUCAGAUACCAGAGAGAAUGGUUCAACUUCAAGAGGUGGACGCGAGGCAGAGGCAGGUCGAUCAUUUCACAAAUCACGCAAGUCCCACAGCAAGAGCGACACCUCUGGCUCAAAGCAGCUGCCGGCAUCUGUAGGGUCACAUGUCAGAGAGGCAGGGCCACUCUGCCAGAUCACUGUACGCAUCGGCGAGGAAGCCAUCGUGAAGCGCAGCAUCUCUGAGACAGACCUCCGGAGAGACAAGAGCCUUUCUCCCCCCAAAUCCAAACGCAGUGAAACAUCGUCUGUGCGAGAGGUCAAGGAUUCACGCCACUCUCACUUCCACCACCAUCACCAUAAACACCGCCUGCACCGCAGAGCCAGCAUGGAGGAGGAGGAUGAUAAGGAGGGAGACUGCGAGGAGGAGGAGGAGGAGGAGGAGGUGAGGAAAAAGAGAUCCAAAUCCCCCGAUGGAGUGAGGGAGUACUACUUCCGUCGGGAGGUGAGGGAGCAGGACAGUGACCAUGACAUGGAGGAUAAUUUAUGGCGGCCUUACUACUCCUACAAGCCUAAAAGGAAGACCCAAGCACAUCUGCAGAGGGUGAAGAGCUGGCAGAGAAAACUGAAAUACAAGCGCUCCAUCCGGCUGAAGAGGAGGGCGGAGAGGCUCAAAAACUGUCUAAAUAAAGAAACAGAGAAAUCCCAAGAUGAGGAAGAGGAUGAGACGACUGAGGAGCCCCAAAAAGUUGACAGAGUUAAGGGAGAGGGGAAAAAGAGGGGCUGUCUCUCUGCUCCUUUAAAGGAUAAGAGCAAAGACACAGAAGAGCAGGAGGCCUGUCAUAAGGUUGCUUCCAUUCCUCUGCACUCUCCAAAGCCUCCUCCGUCUACCUCAGGGGCUCCUAUGGGAAUAAAGAGGCGGCCUUGGACUAACGGGAACGCAGCAGAGUGUGGUACAUGUGGCCGCUGGUUCUCAAGCCCCAGGAAGCGAGACAAACACGAGCUGAGCCAUCUGCUGGAGUUUGUGUGCCUCUUCUGCCGAGCCACUUUCCCCUCAAGGGAUAAGUUGGAAGACCACCAGAGAGCCCAGCAUCCCAAGCCCACUGACGCACCCUCUGCACCCCCUAAAGUGGCACUUGUUGAACAGGAUGAAGGGGUCGGGAUCAAAUCUGUGCCAGAGAUUUCAAAGUACGAUGAAGAAAGGGGGGGGCAUGUGGGUUUAGCAGGGAGAAACUCUAGUCCAAGUCGCCUCAGCAGACGAGCAUUAUCACGACACACCUGUCCACAGUGUCACAAGGUGUGUAAGACAUCUUCAGCACUAACUCGCCAUAUCCGACGCCACGAGUUAAGCAGCUCCCCAGAAAGGGAAAGGGAAGAUAAAGCCUCGGAGCCAAAAACAACAGAGACCGUUAUUAAUGACGUUAGCAGAGACGUAGAGACGGAGAAGGGAAAGGCUCCCAGUGCGCUCUCUGUUUCAGUUAUCAGCUAUUCAACACCAGACCCGCCCAUCAGUGGUGACUGUUUGGCCUCGCAGCAGCGCGAAGACCGCCUCAGUGAACUGACCGCUGAACAUCACAGGUCAGAAUCCACAGACAAGCCCCAACUAACAGGGCUCACACAUUCAGCUGUAGAGAAACAGCCCAGCCCACAAACAGCAGACCCUCCACUAGAAAGUCCAGUUAAUCUCGUGCCCACUAAACAUGAAUUCACGCCUGCCGCACCCUCCGCUCUCCAGAGCGUGCUCGUCAUGAACGGGGCCGAAUGUCUGGACUACCGCAGCCCCAGCAAAAAGAGCCUAGACAGCCAGAUCUACAGAAUACCCAGCCCUGUGCACGUCGUGGCACCCACCAACACCUCUCCAAAUGUGCCCAUGACGUCACAGACCAGAAUAACCGCUGCUGCUGCUCCUGUUUCCAUGACAACAGCUCCCAGCUCCGAGGGCGGAUUCGUGAAACGGGAUGGGGUCAUUAUGGACAGGGAGAGGCAGGGUGGGAGUGGUAUGUUUCUGCACGCAGGUUAUGAGGAAGCACCUCGGGUCCAGGAUCUAAGAGUUCAGUCACUGUCCAGGAGUCCCUCUCCCAAUGAAGCACAAGACCUUACCAUGUCCUCGAUACUAGCUAGAGAGAGGGAGAUAGAGAGGCAAAGAGAGACGGAGAGGGAGAGAGAGAGACAGAGAGAGAGGGAGAAAGAAAAGGCGAGAGAAAGAGAGAUAGAGAGGGCCCAGAAAAUGAGCAGAGUUACUCAUGCCCCAGAGGACCAAAUGGCUCUGUUGGUCCCUAAAGAGGAGCCCUUGAGUCCUGUGCAGUCCCCCCAGCACAUCCCCACUCAAACCACUAUGAAUGGACCCUCCUCACACAGGCACACUCCCAAGUCCCCGCGUCGGUCUCCCUCCACCAUUGGACUGUUAUCUCAAGCCAACCGUCAGGUUCACUCCAGCUCACAAGGACUCGACAGGCUCUCACUGCCCACUGGAGCAGCUGGUGUCGGCGACCGCCCCUCUGCCCACGCUCUGCUACUCCCCCGAGCCCCUCAGCCACCUGAGCCCGAGCACCAGGACACUGUUUCUUCCAGAGACUCCCAGCAGGGGGGCGCCACCCCAGUGGGCUACCCUGCCCAGGAUUAUCCCUUACCCCUAAUUGUGCCGGACAGCUACCGCUCUGGUAAGAAGCAGGAUGAAAAUCUGCUCAUGUCCUAUCCUGGUGGACAUCUUCCCUUUGGCCCACUGGGAAAAGUGAUGGUCCCUCAUGGCGGGGACCUGGCCAAGCUGCCAUUUUAUCCAGACCCUUACCAGCUGCUCUAUGGGCCCCAGCUGCUGGCCUACCCCUAUAACUUAGCAGCUCUUCCGGUGACUCUGAACAUGAUGGGACCUGGGGGGGACAAGGUGGAGCCUCUGCCUUUCCUUCCAGCCAUCUUCAACUACGCAGCCGCUGCUGGGCCCUACAUGGGCGCAGCACCCCACCCCCUCUUGGCGAAUCCCAGCCUGUACAGCGGCAGCAGUGGCAGCGGCAAGAAGCAACGUGACAGCAGCGGCAAACCUUAGUACAACAGGAGGUUUAAGAGGAAUAUAUUCCAAAGGGGACGGCCUGGCCUGUUUAGGAGGAGCAGGAGGGGUCUGUGCUCACUGGGUCACUGACGACGCUCGCACAGUGCCCCUGCCUCUCUUUUAUUCAGUAGAGAUCAGAGCUAGGCAUUGAAUCAGGAGUAGCUGUGAAGGGAGGAGAGGGAGCAAAGAAAUGGGGAGGAGAGGCCGAUAAUCUAGUGACGUGUCAUUACUCCCCUCUCUUUACUCCCUGCUCACCUUUCCCUGUGUUUCUCCUGUUUUGCUGUAGUGUGUCAUAGUUCUAGAGCUUGAUUAAUCUUCCUCUCCUUCUCAUUAUAUUAUCUAUAAUAUAAGAAUAAGAACUUCUAACAGGGUGUGUGUGUUGUGUGACAAAUUAGUUCAGUCAGCUUCCCUUUAUAGUCGUGGCAAAACGAGGAUAAACACUUCAGGGAAGGCUCGUGUGGGCAUGAUAAGGGAUGAGAGGACAGUCGGUGAGACUGCGAGUGCAGGUGUAACCUGUCGUUAAAUGAAAGAUGUAUAUGAGCAUGUACAUGCACAUGUAUGUAGGGAUUUGUGCAUGCAGAGGUUGGCUUAAGCAGGUAUUUCUGCGUAUGUGUGAGAGAGUGUGUGUGUGUGUGUGUGUGUGUGUGUGUGUGUGCGCGCGUGUGUGUGGGUGGGUGUACGUGCAUGAAUGGCUAGGUCAUUCCGUGUCAGACGCACACAGCAUUCCUACUCUAGUUGGAAUAGCUACUGUAGGUCAAUGUAUAAAAGUGCAUUUAGAAGUGAUCCCUCAUAUCCAAAUCAUUAAGAAGUCAAUUCUAUGGCUGAACGUGACAACGACGGAUCAUCUGAGCUUCUCGUGUCUCAACCGUGUUGCUUUGUGGCCAGAUGACACUGUUGGAUCUGUAUAGCAUUCACCAUAGUUUGUACCUUAUGUGCACAAAGUAGAAAAAGUAGUGGUCACUUAAAGGGGACACUUGUAGCUGCUUGGGAUAUGUAGCUGGCCACUGGGUAAGAAUUGAAGGCUGGUAGACCGUUGCACUUCCAUUUUUUUUUUCAUCUCAUUUCCUUCAAGAAAAAAGGAAAAGAAUAAAAACCAGACAGCCUUCACCUUGCGUAGCUUUUACCUCCUUGAUUGGAAGAGGGGAAAAAAAGGCUCCGUGUCCCAAGCCAGGAAGAGGAGAGCGACAGGGAGGAAAAAGAAAAAUGGAUUCAGGGUAUUGAGUUAUUUCUGGGUAUAGGAAAAGGAAAUAUAUGGGCACAAAACUGUUGGAAGCCCUACAGAAGUGAUUUGGGGGGAUAAAUAAACUGUUCCUGUUCCCCCGACUGAAGGGAGAUGGGAAUAGUCUGAACUGUUUCCCCUCCUGCCCUGUUAUUUACCUAGUGGUAGGAAAAAGGCUGAGAUGGCAGCCAAAGUGGUGGCUGAAAAACUGCCCCAGAUGCCCUCCUGGGGGCUUUUCGUUGUGUAAUGUUAUCUCUAUAUGUUUGUUCUGUUGAACUAUGUUGUUGUUUUUAUGUUGUUUAGCCCUCUUACCAGAUGGAAGUGGCUUCAGUGAAAAACGGGGGGGGGUGGUGGGGGGUGAGUAAACGUACAAAUAUGAAUGUAAAUUUAGUCAUGAGGUUAAUGAAGUACAGCUGCAUUAAUGGUAGAGUUGGUUUCAGUUCCUCUUUGUUUCAGUUAUGACACAAAUAACCUGUAAAACAACCGUAUAACGUCUGGUAUGCAUAUAUACAGUAGUCCUAGGAACAUGUCAGUAAACUUGGGUUCUGUAUCCACAACGCAUGAGCAACACUUGCUUCCUUACCGUUUAUAUCCUCGGCAAAUCUGGCACUGUGCGCACAGCUUUUUUGUUUCCUUUUAUAUUUUCUGGUCUUUUUAAUCUUCCAUAUCCGUUAAUAUUUUAUCAUCACUUAUCGAAAAAGCAGUCUGGAGGAGUUCCACGAAAACUAUCUUCCACAUUUUACGUCUCACGGCCACUAUUUAGAAGCUGUUUUAAUCCGCCCUCUUCCCUCAAGCAUACACUCGUGCACUGCACCUCUGAGUGAAGUCCCCCCAGCGGGCCUCAGUGUGUGCGUGCAUGUGCAGGGGGUCGACGGUGCCGGGACGCCUUUUAGGAAUCAGGCCGGAGUGUUUUUUAAAAAACACAUCGUGACCAACUGAAGGGGCGCACAAGCAUCCCCUUGGGUGUGGUUACAAGCCUUUUUAUUGCGUGCGUGAGGUCUUUGUGAAGCGAGAGCGAGCGAGUGAGUGCGUGAACAAGAAAAACCAAAAUAAAUCUGCCUGAGCAGCAGCGUAUCCCUGGACAGCGUAUGGGCCACCUGUUAUUUUUUUAUGUUGUUGUCUGACACUUUUCUGUGGGGUACGUUUCAGUGUAAAAAAGAAAAAGAAAAAAAAAAGCCUUGCUGUCUCCAAUGUACAAUCUCAAGUCAUUCCUGCAGAUGGACAUGUUUGUGUUUUUUUUUGUUUUUUUUGACCAUUUCUUAUGCCAUAGUUUGCCAUCACGGUUUUAUCAUACAGACCAAAAGCAUGCAAAUCGACGUAUUGUAGUGACUGGACUGGAAUCUGGUGGUAAUAUACAACUACUUACUGUAUGUUUUAGUUUAAAAUGAAUGUGCCUCUGCUUUGAUAUUAAAGAUAAUUAUCUAUCGUACAACGUGGAUCUGCCAGAUUUCAACUGGUUAAGGUGCCUUGUUAUGGCAUAAGAAAUUUUGGGGAGCAAAAAUGAGCGUUUUUUCCUUGAGAGAUGAUCUGGAGAUAGAUUUCAUGGCUUUGUUUGCUACGAAGCUGUUCAUAGACGUAGGGGUGUGGCUAAACUGUUUUUGGUAUCGUGUACAUGUCUAGGGUAAUACUGUGCCAUAUAGAGCCCACAAAAAUAUGUUCAUGUUAUUUUUAAGAGAUGUUUUAAUGUUGCCUGAUGACUUUGUCUUUAGAUUUGAUACAAAGGCUUGUAGCCACAGCUCUCCCAAAGUCUGUAGCCUCCUCCUCCUCCUCCCAUAUUCUCCUCGUCCUCUCUCUCUCCUCUCGUUUCCGUCUCCCUUUCUUUCUCUUUGCUGCAAUCAAACAAAAAUAAAGUAUUAACCUGAUGACCCAAUGAAAUCA